ACGUACUUGAAUAUUAAAAAAAAUUGUUGGAAUAAAAAUAAAAAAUGACUUGCAACACGUGCCAGAAAUAUUUUGGUUUGUUAACCAGAGAACUCGCUUGUCCGAAGUGUGGUUAUUCCUACUGCAAAUCAUGUCUCAAGUAUAAAUGGAAAGUUCCUAAUACAGGUCAACAGAAGAAAAUUUGUGGACCUUGUUUUAAUAAAUCAAGUCGAAGCAAUUCUCAUUUUACCAAUGACUUGACUCCUGGGGAAUUAACAAAAAAAUUGGAAUAUUUAGAAAAUCCAGCAAAACCACCUAUUGUCCUGUACAAAGGACCAAGUAAAUUAGAUGAAUUGGGUAAGAAUUUGGACCCCGCUGACAAAAUAAUCCUUGACAGGUUAAAAAAUCUCAAAGGUAUGCGCAAUGAAGUAGGACCAGUUCCCACUGAAGAUGAAAUCAGACAAAGACUUGCUCAAUUAAGAGACCAACAUUUUGAUUCUACAAAUCAAUCAAAAAAUGUAUAUCAAGCAGACACUAGGUCUGAUCAACAAAAAGCGGAUGAUUUAAUAACUGAAUACCUUGGUGCUUUAGCACUCAACAAAAAUACAGAAGAAGCGGCAUCAAAUAUUGAUCAAGUUAUUCAAAGUAGGCUAGACAGGUUGAGAGGUGUAGAUUCAUCUAAAUACUCAAAUACAAAUGUAAUGGAUUACAAAGAACAAAGUGAAGACGAUGAAACCAGAAAAAUAAUUGAAGAAGCAUUAGCUAGAGCAAGGCUCAUGCCAACAACUGAUAAAGAUAGUGAUCUGGACGAAGACUUAAAUAAAACUAGUAGUGAAGAUGAUGAAAGUGAAUGUAUGUAUUGUAAUACCUGCGAAGAUUGUAAAGAUUUAGUUUGGUGUCACAUGUGUGAAAAGAAGGUACAAUGCAGAGAUUGCUUUGAGGAUAAUCAUGAUGAGGAGCAAAUAGAAACACACAAGGUGGUUCCUUACUUUCUCCGUCCCAGAGUAAGCUCAUCAAAAAAAUAAAAGAUGUAAAAAUUGUGAAAGUUUGAUUUAAAUUGUAGAGCAAUUGAAUAUAAACACAAGGCUUUAAUUGUCAAUAAAAUAUCAAUAUUUAGGCAACUAAUUUAAUUUAUGACUGCUAUCUUGCUGACUUAUUCUUACUUUAGAAUCAUACAAGUAUUUUGAAAGAAAAUGUGAUAGCUUAUGUUGUAUUAAAAAUUUAUAUUACUUAUUAUUUCCAUAUCAACUAUAUUUUAUUUGUUACUGUAAAAAUAUUGAAUUUUACUGUAAAAAUAUGAAACUUUGUGAAUGCUAUGCCUUAUUUUACAAACAUAUUUUAUAAGAGUUUUAACAAUUAAAAAGAAAUUGAAAUUUUCUAAUUGGGUCUCAUUUUAUUUUAAACAACUUAAUUCAUUCUUGCAUUAAAAGUUGAUUUUUCAAAAAUGCACUAUUUAUAAGCUCAUUGAAGAUGAAUCAAUUGGAAGAUCAAUUGGAAUUAUAUCAAGAUGAAGGAAGUGGGUUAAUGCAAAAGGCAAAAUUUUUACAUUCAAGUACGAGUAUUUAUUUUUCUUUUCUUUUGAUUUUUUUUUUUUUUUUUUUUUUUUUUUUUUUCAAUUGAAUAUUAUCCUCUUCAUCAAGUACAAUUACGACCUAAUCGUUUACAUAUUAAAAAAUUUAUUUUUAUUCGAACACAAUAAUCUAAAUUGAAGUAAAUAACAUUUAGCAAGUAAUGAAAAACAUUCAUCUUCAUGUUAAGAUAUGCUAAGAAGUUUUCGUUGCCACGUUUGAGCUGAAGACGCGCAUUAGUUACAGAGCUGAAUUUAAAAUUGACUUAAAAACAAUUCAAAACUCAAACUUUGAAAAAGUGGCUCUGAAAGACUGGGUAUGCGCCAAAACGCAAGAUAUUUAAAGUCAUUAUGCAUGUCAUUCAGCCUUAGAUUGUUCAAUGGUCAUAUAUAAUUCAUCAACUAAGA